AUGCGACUGCGCGGGCCGCCAGCAGAGGGAAAGGCGGCAAUGGGGGCAGAGGGAGGCAAGGGUGGGGACACAGAGGAGACGAUGGGGAGAAGGGAGGAGGAGGAGAAGGAAUGGGUGGUUGCAGCGGGGGAGGAGGAGGAGGAAGGGGUGGAGGAGAGCGAGUUGCGGGAUGUGGUGGCACCGAUGCCGGUGAUUGGGGGGGAAGCAGAGGGUGCACGUGGGGGUGGUGCGGAGAGAAGUGGGGCGGAGUUGAGGGGGGAGGUGGCAGCAGCAGGGUUGGCAGCGGGCAAGGCAAGGCGGCGUGUGCGGUUUGAGGAGGGGGAGAAGGGCCUGCAUGGGCUGGCAGCGCUGAGGCUGCGGCAGCACGUGCCCCCCCGCACACACGCGGCAGCAGAGGACGGGUCGGUGGGGGGCAGCAAGGGGGUAGGGGCAGAGGCAGGCGUGGGGUGGGCGGGUGGCAGGGCAAGUGAUGGCGGCAGCAGCAGUGCUGGUGGGCUGGCUGGUGGAGGGCUGCUUGGGCGACCUCCCCCGUUGGCGCGAGCCACUAGUGACUGCUCGUGGGAGAUGCGGCGAGUGGCCUUACUGGGGGCACAGCACGGCACUCCACGCGCAUCGGCCGCUCACUCGCACCUCAAGUUCUCAGACGCCCUGGACCAGCUCGAGCAGCAACUGGGCCAGUCCAGUCCCGCACUGCACCACCAAGAGGAGCAAGCCCCGCUCACGGAUGACGUGGUGUCUGAUCUUCCUGAGGCUCGUUGUGACUAG